AGUAGAUGUAAAAGAAGAGAGAGAAAUUUAGAAUGGAAACUAGAAGGAAUGAUCUUGAACGAUGUUUUAAAUAAAAAAGAGAAAUCUAAGACUCAAAUUCAAUAAUAACAAUAGGAGAAUACUGCUAUAAUUCUGAUAAUUUAUUAGGAAAGGGUUCUUAUUGUUAAGUAUAUGGAGGGUGGAAAGUAUGAAAGAGAUCUAAUAAUUUAGAGUUCUAAUAAGUAUAAGAAGGUAGCAAUAAGAAUAAUGGAAGGGAAUGAUCGUGUAAGUUAAGAAAUAGAAUUGUAAAAAAGUUUAAAAUCAAAGAAUAUUGCAAAGAUUUAUGAUGAUAUAAAGAUUGAUGAUAAACAUUAUAUAAUAAUGGAAUUAUGUGAUGGUAAAUAAUUGUUUAAAUUAAAUUUGAGAGUCUUUAAGCAAACGAUAUUAAGAAUUUAAUAGGAGUGAAGNACCCAAAAUUGGUGAAAGUAAAAGCAAAGAAAUUUGGACUUAAUGUUUUAUUUAGGAAAUAACCAUUAGAACUAUUGAUUGA